AUGCCCAGCCCAGCACUUCUGUGUUUCCUGGUCUUCCUGGCCGGGGUAGGAGCCAGCCGACACCAGAGCACCCUGUCUGAGGACAACUGCACCCACUUCUCAGUCAGCCUGCCCCACAUGCUCCGAGAGCUCCGAGCUGCCUUCGGCAAGGUGAAGACUUUCUUUCAAACCAAGGACGAGCUGCACAGCAUAUUGUUGACUAGGUCCUUGCUGGAGGACUUUAAGGGUUACCUGGGUUGCCAAGCCUUGUCCGAGAUGAUCCAGUUUUAUUUGGAGGAGGUGAUGCCCCAGGCUGAGAACGAGGACCCAGACAUCAAACAGCACGUGAACUCCCUGGGAGAAAAGCUGAAGACCCUCCGGCUGAGACUGCGGCGCUGUCAUCGAUUUCUGCCCUGUGAAAACAAGAGCAAGGUGGUGGAGCAGGUGAAGAGUACCUUUAGUAAGCUCCAAGAGAAAGGUGUCUACAAAGCCAUGGGUGAGUUUGACAUCUUCAUCAACUACAUAGAAGCUUACAUGACAAUGAAGAUGAAAAUCUGAAACAUGGUGGGGAACGAAACAUCCAGGAUGCAACUCUUCUGGACUCUAGGACAUAAAUUGGAGAUCUACAAAAUCCUACUCAGGGAUAUGGGAGAACCAAACAGCUCCUUGGAGAACCCGGUCAUACCUCUCUCUUAGAAUAUUUAUUACUUCUGAUACCUCAACUCCCAUUUGUAUUUAUUUACUGAGCUUCUCUGUGA